AAAAAAUCUCUACCAGAAAACGAGAGCGAUUACAAUCUCUCUCACUAGCUUGGAUUCGUUAUCGCUGCGUAGAAGAACAAGGGACUUUGGAUCUAUUGUUUGAGGAUGGAAGAACCAAUAAGAGAAGCUUCGCAACAAGUGUCUGAAGAAUUCAAAACUCUUGUUAAUGCACAAGAUCUCAAUUCUCUCAGACACUUGCAGCACCUCAUAUUGGGGAGGCUACAGGAUAGCAAUGCAGUUCUGUCCCAUUACAAUGACUUUGCAGAGAAUUGCUUCGCUGAUGUAUCCAUGGAGUUGUCUAGAAACACUCGUCUUUUGAAAUCCAUGAAAGCUGACCUCGAUUACAUCUUCUUGAAACUCAGGAGCAUAAAAAGUAAGAUUAUGGCUACGUAUCCAGACGCAUUUCCAGAUGACUCCACUAGUGAUGCUUUUGAUCGAAGACCCGAUCUCGAGCUGCCUCAGUAACUAAUGCAUUCAGAUUGUGUGUGCUUGGGGGAUUCAACACUUCUUUUUCUUCUUCUUGUUUGAUUCUUGACAGAGAACUCGUUUUUUAAUUACCUUUAUAGGUUUUUCAUACCAGAUGUGUUCCUUAGAUAUUUAAGUAACUAACGAAUUUCAAACCUGGCCUUGUUAAUUAAGUGAAGUAUUAACUCUUGUAUCUAGUUCUUAAGCAUAACCAUCCGUUAUGGUUUUGUAUCGAAUUUGUUGCAUGUGCUUAUCUAAAAAAAUCAUGUUUUCUUU